CCACCGGUUCUUAAAAACAACAGCAAAGGAAAGCUGCACACAGUCGGGGCUACGACAAACAGAAACCAACCAAUCGAAGCAAGUGAGUCCGGGAGAUCAGAGAUAGAACGUGGACAACUUUUUCUACAUACAUGGCGUUUUAUGUGGACGAAGAUGAGGUGUGGAAAUGCCCAGAACACCCCUCUAAGCGUCGCCGCAGUGGGAUUUGUCCGGUAUGCCUCCGUGACCGUCUGUCCACCCUCUGUCCCGACUGCGCUAACGUCCGGCCCUGCACCUGCUCUGCCACCUCAGCCACGAAAUCCUCUUGUUCUUCAUCAUCCUCUCGCUUCUCUUCGUACGAUGCUGGCCGCGUAUCCAAUCUGGUUGAGAGUGAGCCGGUUUUCCGCCGCUCCAGAUCGCUGGCGAUUCCCUUCCUCCGUUCCAGGUCCCGGUUCGUCGGCAACGAAAACGAACUGAAAGAACCGCCAUCGGGGCUCAGUAGGGGCAAAGCUUCGUCGUUUUGGUCGGUGUUCAGGUCGCAGAAGAACAAGAAGGUCGAGGUGGACGAAGGAAAUACGAGGAAGAGUGAGGAGGCGGAAGAAGACAAAGAUAACGUGAGGUCGAGGACGACAAUGAUGAUGAGGUCGAGAUCCGUCGCAGUAUCCGUGACGUCAGACUCCGGGAACGGUGUUGGCGUUAGAGAAUACGGUAGAGCGAAGAGUCGGAGGUGGUAUUUCCCGAGUCCGAUGAAGGUUUUUCGGCAGUCAAAGAUGACUAAGGUGGUUCAGGAAAGGUCUUCUUUGUACAGGGUCUGAUUUUUUCGGACACAAAAAUCAUAUAUUUUUUUUUUUUUUAUAAUAAUUCAUCGCCGGUUGACCUUUUUAGUCUUUAGAGAUGAGAUAAUAUUUUUCAUUACAGUAAUUAAAUUUAGAAAAUCGAGAAUUGUGCCUGAUUUGUGUUCUCUCA